AUGGUGGAGAUUAACGAUGGUCGUCAUUUUAAAAACCCUUACCAGGAUUAUGUUCCUGGAAAUCAGCUUAAAGUGGAGAAUACAAGUAUCCCAAACAAAAUUGUUGAACUGUUAAAUGUUUUGAAUUCAAAUGUUGAGAAGCUACCAUCAUCUGACAUAUCAAUGUACACUGGCUUGUCAGGUAUUGGAUUAUUCUACAAUUUCCUAUCACGAUCAAAAUGUGAAUUAUUAGACAAAAAGAUACGUGAAGAUGCUGUUGUACGUACUGAAAAGUUACUAAAUCGAUGUCUACGUCAUAUUGACUUGAGAAUGCUGUCUAGAAAUAUAAGUGUUCAUACAAGUCCUAUCGGUCCAUUGUGUUUAGCUGCUUUAUCAACAGUCAAACAUGGAACUGAGAAUGCAGAAACAAAGAAAUUCGUUGAACAAAUUCUGUCAGCGAGUAACUAUGGCUUAAACGUAGACAGUGGGAUGCCCGAUGAAGCGUUAUAUGGACGUACAGGUUAUCUAAAUUGUCUGGUGACACUGAAAGAAAAUGGUAUCGACAUUCCUGUCUCUGUUGUUUCGUCGAUAACGAAUGCAAUAUUAAAGUCUGGCCAGAAAAUAUCCAAUGCUUACAAAUCGAACGGUUUUUAUGAUAGAUUGAUGUGUCAUUCAUCAAAACGCGGUUUGCCGAUCCCACCAUUAAUGUUUGAGUGGUACAAUGAGUGUUAUCUUGGUGGAGCUCAUGGUUUUGCUGGCAUUCUAACUACCCUGUUGAAGGUAUAUCGUCAGUUUCCUGGUAGCAUCUCAUCAAAUUCGUUAGAUCAGUUGAUUCUGCCUACUGUUCAUUGGAUGAGUCAAAUACAAUUAACUAGUGGAAACUGGUCUGCUAGUUUAGGCGAUAGCGAAAGUCAUGAUAUCUUAGUACAUUGGUGUCAUGGUGCAACGGGUGUUAUUCCACUUAUGCUUUCAGCCUACAAGAUUACAGGUGAAAAUAAAUAUUUGAAGUGUGCAUUAGAUGGUGGAGAAACUGUAUGGACUCGUGGUCUACUUCAUAAAGGCUGUGGUCUAUGUCAUGGUUCAGCUGGAAGUGGUUUCGUUCUAUUAGAGAUUUAUCAAACAACUCAAGAUCCUAAAUAUCUGUAUAGAGCUUUAAAGUUCGCUGAAUGGUGUACCGACUGCUUUAAAAAUGCGACCCGUGUUGCUGAUUGUCCGUACUCACUUAUGGAAGGUCUUGCUGGAACAUUGUACUUCCUGGUUGGUAUUUUGGAUGCAGUUAAUUCAAAGUUUCCUCUACUAAGUGGAUUGUGAACAGACAGGAAUGAGAAUUCAAUUUCUAUAUUCAACAAAUAUUAUCUAUCGUUUAUGACUCAUAUACACUCGCCCAUCGUUUCCAUAGUUUAUGAGAAUGUGACUUGAAGAAGUGGAAUGUUAACUAACUCGUAUUUCUUUUUAUGAGAUAAUAUAUUCAAUGAGAUUUGUGUUAUAUGGUGUGCCCAGUAUAAUCCCGUUUGUAAACUUGACAUUUCAAUGCACACUGUAUAUGCUUAA